GGAGGGGCAACGCAAAUACGCCUUGACUGCGUCAGACGUGGAGGUCCCAGAUACAUUGGAUGAUAGGAAAAUUGAUUCUUUUCAAACUUACAUAGGAGCACUUACGAGACAAUCCAGCGAGGAAAAGCAGAAGCUAGAAGCAGUGAUAACAUAUUGUUGGACUCUUUGAAAUCGCAUCAAACAUGCAGCCGAACUAGGUGAACUCACACCAACACUUCUAGAGGCGUUGAAAAAGAAGAUGAUAGCACUGCAAGUCAACAUUCGAAACGCGUGUACAGAAACGGGGAUGGAAGCCCGACCUCUUAUAGAUGAAAACAAAGCAGAGUGGUGGGAACUCGGUGAUGGAAAGAAGGAAACAAAAAAUGACUUGAGCAAACCACCUCACAACGCCGUGAACGCAUAUCCUCGCUCCAACAACCUCAACGCAGCCCUCUCCUUCGCAGUCCCAGCAAUCUGUCUCCUGUCUUGCAUCCCAGCCGGAAUAGCUUGGUCACACACGCCCGUUCAAGUUGGUUCCUACAAUGACGGCAACUUCUACCAACUGUUGUCCAGCUCAGCCAUGCAGCUUCUCGGAAUUGGCACUCUCAUCUGGCCGACACUUUUCUCGGGACGUCUUGUUAAUCUUCCUCGCGUCUUGGCUUGGAUACUCGCCUGCACGAGUAUUUUAUGUACAAUUAUUUCUAUUCCGUUGUACUUGUAUGCUCCAACUACUUGGAGUGGAAUGCUUUCAUUUUGUGGCAAUGUUGCUCAAACUAUGGUUUUGUUGCAGCUCGUGUACAGCCUUUAGAAUGGCCUCAGGGAGUCCCUCUGAGAAUGGCAGAGUGCGGUGCAAGAAUUAAAGUUAGUUAGAGCGUGUGGGCCUGACUUUUUUAAGAAGAUAGUAUUUGGGAAGAAGCCGGUUUCGAAUGU